CAGGAGCCGUCAACGUGUUUACCUGAACGGCGAGGAGACAACGGAGAUAGCCAAUGUCCUCUUUUACCGUUCAUCACACUCCUCUCGUCUCCAGAGCAGUGAUUACACAAACGGCGGAAAGGAAACGGUGUGUGAAACACGAUCAGCCCAAAAGAAGCGAGAGGAACGAGGCGCCCAGCACACUCCACAGCAAAUGGCAACUUGUGCAGUGAGAAGUUUUAGCAGUGUGCCGGAGGUGACCUCAGAUUCAGAUGAUGAAGACAAACUGCACAUUGUAGAGGAGGACAGUAUUCCUGAUGAUCUUGACCCAAAGUCCUCAGUAUUCCCGCUCAAAGCAACACAGCAGCUCUCAAGCACAUCCACACAGGAUGAGGAGUGCAUUACUGAUGAGGAAGAUGAAGUGGCCGGUCAGGAAAAGCAGGUGGAAACUUCAAGUAUUUACUCCGAUGCCCCAGAGGAGCACCAGAGCACUCCAGAGAGAGGGGUGCACGAUGAGAAUGGUACCCCGGAUGCAUUCUCUUAUCUGCACACUUGUCCACACUGUUCACGUGGUUACAAGCGUCACACUUCUCUGAAGGAACACAUCAGAUUGCGGCAUGAAAAGAGUGACGAUAACUACUGCUGUUCCUUCUGUAGCUACACCUUUACCUACCGCACACAACUCGUCCGUCACAUGACCUCACACAGAAAUGUCCGGGAGCAGCUGACUAUUUCUCAGUCAAGUGGAAACAGAAAGUUUAAAUGUACAGAAUGUUCCAAGGCCUUCAAAUACAAACAUCACCUGAAAGAGCACCUGCGCAUUCACAGCGGUGAGAAGCCAUAUGAAUGCUCUAAUUGUCAGAAACGUUUCUCCCAUUCGGGGUCCUACAGCUCUCACAUCAGUAGUAAGAAGUGUGCAGGAGGGACCCCUGCAGUCAACAGCGUAACUUGCACACCUGGAGUGAAAGCAGCCAUGACCAUCUCUCUCCCCACACGCAUCCUUCUGAGAGAGAAGGUGGACAUUAACAACAAGCCUCUACAAGAGCAACUCCCUCUGAAGCAGAUCAAACAGGAGCCUGUUGAACAUCAACCCAAAGCGGUGUCAGCAACACCAACUAUAAACACCACCACCAAUGGAGUUGCCGCCACAAACGUUCAAGGUGUUGUGCAGACUUUGGUCGUGCCCACUGUCGGGCUGGUUCAGCCAAUCAGCAUCAAUCUUAGUGACUUACAGAAUGUGCUGAAUGCGGCAAUGGAUGGUAAUGUUCUUAAGCAGGUGUUGGCAAGUGCCAGUGUAAAUGGAACGAAUACCAAAAUUCUAGGCCAAGUGCAGACACAGACACAGGCACAAGCCGUUAUGUUGCAGCAGCAGCAGACGCAGCAGCAACCAGUGAUCUCUGCCAUCUCUCUGCCAUUUGUGGGACAAGAAGGAAAUGGCAAAAUUAUCAUCAACUACAACCCACAAUUAGACUCACAACUCAAUGCAUUUAAAGUGAAUGCAACACAGCCUGUUGUGACACAGCCCAUUGCAGCACAAGCUGGAACACCUCAGGAACAAUCUAUGGUUUCUGAUGUCACACAGCCAAAAGUAGUGCAGAUUCAGUCAGCACAGUCCAACUUGACUAAAACCCAAACAUCAAGUACACUCAAUGCAAAACCUACACAGGUAAACAUUAUCAAACCAGUCCAAGCCGGAAACCCCACCAAACCAGCGUCUAUCAUCAGACUAACCUCCGCACAGGCUGCCAGGUUGGUCCAAGCCCGUGCGUCACAACCAAAGCUCACCCAGCAAUCUUUACUGUUAGUGAGGAGAGCAGAUGGGACACAGAGUCUAGUGGUUAGACAAGUAGCUAUAGCCAGUCCCAACACACAGAGCAAUCCAACAGUGGAGACAAAGCCCACCGAGAUAAAAUUAUCCCCAGAAAAGACUACAAAUACAGCGCUUGAACCACAAGAUGAUAGGAGAGAGACAACAGAAAAUACGAAUUCCAUGAAGUCUGAUGAUUGUAAACAAAAGCUGACUGCCAAUGUAUCAUUGGGCAUCAAAAUAAAAACUGAACCUGACUCUCCCUCCAAGAUUGAGACUGAAAUGGAGGAGGAGGGAGAGAAAGAUAUGGAGACAGACAAAGAUAAAGAGGAAGGGAAACAAGCUACAAAUAAUGCAGUCUCACACUCUGGAACAGUUCACAACCGUGUUGUGUGUGGAGACAAUUUCCAUAACUACGCAAGUUGUUUGCUUUGUGAAAGUGGCCCAAGCAAACUUAAACUCUUUGACUCUCUGAACGGUGACACCAAGGGGUCGCCUAAAACGAUCUCUCUGUCCUCUCUACUUGAUAAGGAUAAGAGUGGAGCAGCAGAGCGCCUCCUUCCUCUCCUGAAGGCCUAUAGUCAGGACCCUAAUCCCACUGAGGAGCAGCUGUCUCAGGUUGCCAAGUCAGUUAAGCUGCCUCUAGAGGCUGUCUGCAAGUGGUACCAGAAGAUGCGUUCCAAGAAGAUUUUGCUUAAGGCUGCAAGCAACCUGAAAAACAGCCAACAUACAAAGGACAACACCCUAUGUGAAAUCACCCCAUGCGAAAACACCCCAUGUGAAAACACCCCAUGUGAAAACACCCCAUGUGAAAACACCCCAUGUGAUCCGUCUGAUGCGUCUCAAGAAAAGAACACAACCCAAGACACCUGCACUCCUACUCAACCUCUUGAUGACACUUUAACAGACACACAAAAUGCAACCCUCAGUGCAGCUUCACCUGAUUCUGCAACCGAUGUCUCCACUGAUGAUCUUGUCAUUGUAAAGACAGAAGACGUAGAGGAGGAGUUGCAGUGUGAGCCGCUGGACCUCUCGAUCCCCAAGUCCAUCUCUACACAUGCCAUCACCGCCACUAAGCAGCCAAUCUCCAACCAAAGUGAGCCACUCAACCUGACCGCCCUCAAGAAACAAUCGUUGCCAAGCAACACCAUCUAUGUGACGCAGACCGGCACGGGUCCAUUAAACAUUAUGACAUCGCCAUUGCAAACACUGGUUGCAAUAGCAGAUCCAAACGGUGUUCCGUGCAUCGGAACUACACUCUCCACCAACAAACAAACCAUCCUCAUCCCUCAGCUCACCUACACCUAUAGCAACAACUCUAAUGUCAAGACAACGGACUAUGCCUCGGCAGACACAAACGGGAUGGUGAUACUCAACAACUGUAAGGUGGCAGACACUGCUUCUGACUGUGUGUCAGGGGUAGAUGACCAGACUGAUGAAGAUGCACCUCUUGCGAAGAAAAGGAAGACCGGUCUUUAUGCUUGUGAUCUGUGUGACAAAAUCUUCCAAAAGAGCAGCUCACUGCUACGACACAAGUAUGAACACACAGGUAAGCGACCUCAUGCGUGUUUCAUCUGCAAAAAGGCUUUUAAACACAAGCACCACCUGAUCGAGCACACACGACUGCACUCCGGAGAGAAGCCCUACCAGUGUGAUAAGUGUGGGAAACGGUUCUCACACUCUGGGUCUUAUUCUCAGCACAUGAACCACAGAUACUCCUACUGCAAGAGAGACACCUAUGAGCCGCCAGGACAAAACAGCACCUCCACACCUACCUCUCAGCUUGACUCUGAUGAGAGAGCGAGCGACGGAGAAGAGGAGGAAGAAGAGGUGGAUUACUCUGGUCUGGACAUGAGUGAUAUACGGGUGGUUAGAGUAGGAGAGGAAUAUGAGGAAGACCAGGACGGCAGGCACGAGGAACACGAGACUGAUAAAGGAGAAAUGGAGGUGGAGCCUGGAGAUUUUGACACUUUGCUGGAAGAAGUGUGGGAAACCGUGGAAACUGAGGAUGCCAUGGAAACCGAGGAAUCAAAGGAGGUGUCAGGCAAUGCAGAGGAGGACAGAAAUCUUACUUACUAUGAAGAGAACUCAGAGAUGACAACAGAGGAGCAACAAAAUGACUGAAGGAGAGCAUUCAUCGAUGUAGGACUAAUGAAAGAGAGAAUGUCCUUUUCAUCAUAAACUUCCAAUCGUCGGUUGCUGUGUCUCAGCUCUUUACUGUGUGUAAAACCCAGGUGUGCCUGAUUUACAAACAAUAUUUUCCUUGUUAAAAAAAAAUAAAAUAAAAAAAAGGAUUUAAAUAUAUCAAGGAAAAACAGAAAGAAAAAAAAAACUCCCAACACGACUAGACAUCUUAGGACUCACAAGUUGGCCGUUUUACUUUAGUUUUGUUACUGAACCGCCCCAGGUAUGUCGAUUUAACAGUGUUUUGUGUUGCACUCUUGUUUUAUUGUAUGAACAGUCAGAUUUAUAUAUCUUUAUAUUGCCAAUGAAGUUUACGAAAUAAGUAUUUUAAAGUUUUGAGAAACAAAACUAAAUUCUGCACGGCAGGUAUAACUGGUUUACUUAUAGGGAUGAAUCUCACAAAAAAAAGUUUUUUUCAUUUUUUGCAAUGUGACGUUUUCAUGACAAUAAAGCACACUCCCCGUCCGAUCAGUCAGAAGUCUACUGUAAUGUAAAAAAAUAUAUACAUUUAGUAAAAUACUCAAACAAUUUGUGAUAUUCAAGUUGCGUUUUAAAUAGUCAACUAGUUGGCACAGAACAAUUACUCGAUUACUCGUGCUCAUCUCUAAACGAGAAUGAGAUUUGUGAUUCAGUUUUGCAUUACAGUAAUGACAAUUGGAGGGUGAAAUGUACUUAAUUGUCAAGAAAAUAUCACAAAUACCCUAAAAAAUAAGCUUAAUCUUUAUUUCUUACAUUUGUUCUCUUAAUUAGGGUGCAAUGUGAACCAGACAUUUCUUUGUGAGAUUCACCCACAGAUACUUAAUGCCUCGAGUUUAAGAUACCAUUCAGUAUUAUUAUUUUGUUAAUCAGGCAAGUCUUGUUAGCCUCUUGUUUUCCCAUUUGAUUGCCUAAUGAAGGAAAUUAGAUUGCACUUCACUAUUAAGAGCUCAUCUAUAAAAGGUAAAGAAAUAAUUGAAAAAAAUAAAUCAAACAAAUCAUUAAUUACAGAGAUCUUCAUAGGAAUGCUUUUUGCCAUUUAAUGAUUUAUUAACUGGCAUUUAAACUCACUUGUAACAAGCUACUCAUUUUACUAAUGCAUUUGUAACAAGCACUCCAAAAUAUGUGUCAGUAAGUGUGUUUUUUUUAUGAAAAGAAACUAAGGAUGGAUCUUUAACAGUUUGACGGUUUUCAUUGUGAAGUUUCCUUUUCUUUUUUUAAUCAUGACAUCAUAAGAUACAACGAAAAACAAUUCAGUCAGGGAAAAGAGUUUGUUGUUUCAACCUCAAAGUUUCAUGUAUGUCAUUUCAAUUACCUUUGUGUGGAUUUUUGUUGUAAUGUGUCAGUCUGUGCUCAUAGAAGAUGCUCUAAGCCUUAGAGUCUAAGGAACUGCACACCCACAGCCUUAUUCAAGACCGCCAAGCUGUAAGUGCCAUUCACCAACGUUAACAUAGUGCUCCACAUUCAGACCGGACAAUCUAGACUUUUAGUCUGCUGGCCAAGAACUUAUAUAAGAUAAAAUGUCAAAACUGGUCAAAUGCAGCAACCUACUUUUAGAUGUAUAUAUAUGUCAAAUUUCAAACCCAACCUGUUUUAAUCAGAAUUGCACACCAUCUUACUAAGAGUGGCAUAUUGCGCUCUCAUUGUUAAGACGUUUUAGUGAUUUGUGAAUCAAGCAGUACAUGUUGUUCACACUAUUAGAUUUUUUUUUUAAUCAAGCCAAGUAUUGCCAACAAAUUUUCAUUCAGAAUUACAAUCAUUUUCUGCUUUAGACAACUUAGUAUUAUUCUUAUAUUUGAAACCAUAUAAUAAAACGAAUUGCUUAAAGUAAUCAAUUGCAAAUCAAAUAGAAAGCUAAAGAAUUAUUUCAACAAACUACAACUGGGUUCAGGAUUGUAUACAGCAGUCAAAUAUGCACAGUAUGUAAAAUGAUUGCAAAAGAGAGACACACUAGUAAGAAUAGGAAAUAAAAUAUCUCUCUUUGGUUAGAGGAGUGCAUGAAGAAAGCAGCACUUGGUCGAGGCAUAAAGAAUUAAAAUGUUUUAGGUGAUUGUGUAAACAGUAUUAUUAAUUUCAAUGUAUUUCUAAUUGUUUAUCCUUUUUUGUGUAUGCAUGUGUAUGAAUUGUGUCUGAUUUUACCAUCAGUAUUAUUGUCAUUGACAAAUUUUUUUUUUGUUUUAAGAACCUUUUUAUAUAUGUCUUAUUUUUGUAUUGCUUUAUUUAUUACGUGUGUAAUACACAAUUCUGUAGUUUAACACAAUUAUAUAUUUUAGAGUUAAUCUCAGUGCCACGAAGGAGUUUAAACCCUGAUAUACAGUAUAUAAAGCUGAACUUGAAAGUAUUAGUUUAACAAUUUCAAGCAAUUUUAAACUAUCACAGAGCAAGCCUAAAGGACAUAAUUCGAUCCCAUUGGCAACCAUGGCCAGUUAAGUUAAACCCUGAACUUUUUCAACUGCUUCACAGUAAUUAACUGACCCUUAAACCUGUGAUGAAGAGCAUGAAUUGUUGUUGUUGUACUGGUGUUGAAAUGAUCAUUCUGAAACCAAAAUGAGUCAACCCAUUUUAUCUACAUUUGUUUUCAUUUGUGCCAACUUUUGCAUUGUAUGUAAAUGUCACAUUUUCCACAAGUUGAUGUGGUAUAUACUACAAAUCCAUAAUUUGUAGUAUUUUUCUUCCUUUGUUUCUUUUUAUGAUUCCCCAUAAAAUAAAAUGAAGUGAA